AAUUCCAUCAAUUCUUCAUCUACCACAUAUCACUCCUCUAUUUAAGAACCCCAUCCAUUAUAACAUAUCCAUCACUAAACAGUUAUUUUCUCCCACUUCAUCUCCAUCUCAUGGCAAACCCAACUCUUCUCUUCACUCUCCUCUUUCUACUAUCAUUUUUCUUCGCCACAACCGUUACAUCCGACGAGGACUGUGUCUACACGGUGUACGUUAGAACCGGGUCGAUCCUCAGGGCAGGAACAGACUCAAACAUCAUUCUCACCUUGUACAAUGCAAAAGGGUACGGCAUAAAAAUCAACAACCUUGAAGCAUGGGGCGGGUUAAUGGGUCCGGGUUACAACUACUUUGAGCGGGGCAACCUUGAUAUAUUCAGUGGUAGAGCUCCUUGUUUGGAUGGACCCGUUUGCCAGAUGAACUUGACUUCAGACGGGUCGGGUGAUCAUCACGGUUGGUAUGUUAAUUACGUUGAGGUUACUACAACUGGGGUCCACUCUCCAUGUGCUCAGAAGCUCUUCACGGUGGAACAGUGGCUGGCCACCGACACGUCGCCGUAUGAGCUUUCUUUUGUUACGAACAACUGCCCGAAUACGUUGGGUCAGGCCGAGGCGAAACUGAAGGCCGUUGAUGCAGUCAGAUCCGGGUCUGGGUCUGGGUCUGAUUUCUCUAUAUUGGGCUCCACCGUGCGCGUGUAGAGUUUGAAAUCUACAUGAUUCUCUCUUGCUAUUGAAUAAUGAGGUGGUUCUUCUAUUUGUUAUGUUUUGGUUUUGUUUAUUUAUGCAGAUAGUGAGAGUCCUGCGUGGCUCUGUUUAGUUUGCAAAGUCACUGGGUUCCUCAUCUAGAACCCUUGUAUUUUUGUAUUAUUAUUGAAUAAAAAAAUUCACCAAGGACUUUUGGAUUUUAA